CUGAGUCUAUCACCAGGGGACAAUCUCAAGUGCUCAGGACCCCUCAACAUGGGCAAGGCUUUCGGUUUUAGCUUCAUUGCUUUGGCUUUUGCUACGGUGAUCAGCCUAUACAUGCUCAUCGUGGCCAGCCCAAAGUUCUCCAAGCCCAUACCAGCUGAAGAAUAUGAGCUGUUCGAAAGAUCGAGCGAUGAGUUCCCAGGAGACAUCUGGGAGCGACAAGUUGACGACGACUGUGAUGAUGACGAUGACGAUGGCGGAGGUGGCGGCGGUGGAUCAGGAGAAAUACAUCCCAACCCAGGUCUCUGGUCGAGUGAGAGUCCAGCCGUAUCAUGUCUCGCUCCUUGCACGAUUUACUGGCCUCCUCUGACGUUGAAUCAACCACUCACUGUUUCCUGGCCCGCCAUCACGACUUCCUUGUGGUCCCUCACCGGAACCGUAUCCGUGCUGAAGACAACCACGAUCACGAUACCAAUCUUCACGACUUCAGUCGUCAGCUUCUGGGGCGUGACAGUAACCGGAGGCGAUCCAGUCGACACGUUCGUAACACCGGUCCAGAGCAUCGUCCCGCCUCCCACAACUCUCGUCGUGGACAACACACUUGUCAGCGUCACCGAGACAUACGUCCUCUCCGGCUCGGCAACAAGCUACACUAUUCUCCCUCCGCCGGCGACGACCGGUGCUCCGCAAGUCACGACAAUCACCAUCCAGCCCCCUCCCACAUACUCCAUCGACAUCUCAACCACCCCCAAGCCAGUCCACUACACGCAGAAGCCGCCCGGCGACGACAUGUACUGCGCCUCCAACUGCGGCGAAAACGACUGCCGCUUCGGCUGCGGCGGCACCUGCGGCCCUUUCGGCUGCGAGGGAUGUGGCAUCUUCGGCUGCGGAGGCACGUCCUGCGGUCUCGGCGGUUGCUCAGGCGGCUGUCCCAUUCUCGGAUGUCCAGGCGGCCUCGGCGGAGGGGGAGGCGGCGGCGGCGGUCCUCCUCCGGGCGACCCUCCGGGCGAAUGCAACGGCAACCAAUGCGAAUGCGACUCGCAGAAGACGGUCGGAACAUCCUGCGGCGUAGGAUGUCCGGUCACCGUCGUGCCGUGGACGACGAUCGAGGACCCGGACGACUGCACGAGCAGCUGCCAGACGACGCCGACGUCCUGCGGCGGCACGGAGACGACGUCGACCACGAGCAGCACCGAGACCAUCACCUACCCCGGCCCCUGCACGGCGUUGGACUAUAACCCGUGGUCCAUCCAGGAUCCUGCCGCGGCCGUGGUGACGGAGGUCUGGAGCUACAUCGAGUCGGUGUACGCGGCUGAGGAGACCGAGAUCAUCACGACGUCCGGGCCGAGUAUCACCACGACGCCGAUUACAACUACGGCCCACCAGGAUCCCCCGGGCCCGAUUACCACGACGGCGCAUGAGGACCCCGCGCCCGAGCCCGAGCCGCCGAAGGAGACCCCGACCGUGUCGUAUGACUGUAAGGGAAGCGGUCUCUGCGGGUCGACGGUGAAUAUGCUGAAGUACUGCGACCACGCCGUCAACUACUUACGACGUGGCGAGAACUUCGUUUACACGACGGAGAAGGACAAGCUUAAUGGCAACUGCUGGUCCGAUUGGGCUGGCAAUGGCUGCGGCGUCUUCAUCGCGGGGACGCCGGAUGACAAGUAUACCGACGCCGAGUACUGUGAGAUCACCGGCGACGACAUGUGGUGGGCUUACCAAGAUAUCCGCGCCGAUGAUGGGGGCAACUGUGACAAGUGUGGAUCGAAGCAUUUCGGGAAUGGGUGCAGAGUGACCAUCAACUACGUAACGGGAUGUGCCAACCAUGAGAGCUAG